UCGAGCGGAGAUUGGAAUAGGCGAAUAGGUGAUACCGUGUUGGAAGUGGUUGCGAACUCGUUAAAUUGUCAUUAAGUGAAAGAAAUCAAAUGUGAGGUAGCGCACACUUGAUCGGAAAGUGCAAUAUUGUUGGAAAUCGUGUGUAAAGCAUGAAAAUGUCGUGUGUAACUCGAAUGCCGAUCGCUUGCGCUAGGAACUUGAUUGGGUCAGCGGAAAAUCAACAAGUUGGGCACUUUUGAUGUCAACCCCGGACGCCGCGCACGCCCCGGAGUGCAUCUUCUUCGUCUGGUUUUGUUUAUUUUGUUUGUUUUUCUGUGGUUGGGCCCGUCGGUGGUCGAUGUGCCCCAAAUCCGUGAGUCCCGAGCGCGUCUUUCGGGUUUUCGGGCUUGAUUGAGGAGCGUCUGGUAGUGAUAUGUGUUGGCUGUUGCAAUAAUUGAUUAGUGAUCUUGUGGACUGCUGAUUGGGGUUGAUUGAAUUAGAAUAGAGAAUAGUGAUAGAGAAGAGAAAUAGGAAAUCAGUGAAGGAAUUAUGGCCACAAGCUGUCAUGCAGUUGUGGUCUGGGAGUUUGAGUCGCUCGGCGGCAAGUGGUUGCCGUACAGCCCCGAGGUGUCGCAGCACUUGGAGCGAGCCCACGCAAAGAAGCUGACACGGGUCCUCUUGAGCGACGCAGACCCGAACCUGGAACAGUUUUAUGUUAAUGUGCGAAGCAUGACGCAAAAUUCUGAGGAUAUCGAGAUGCCGAUGAUAAAUGUCCGACGGACAUUCUACAAGCCCAGCUCGCCAGCGGGCAAGGGAAUUAAGUGGGAGUGGGUGGAUGCAACGGGAAGCGACUGGCAUCCGUACAACAUGACGGUGCAAUGCAUAGUAGAAGAGGCUUGGGCGAAGGGUGAGCAGACCUUGGAUUUGAAUAAGACUAAUAUUGGCUCGCCAUAUACGAUCAACUUUUGCAAUUUGACGCAAGUGCGGCAACCUAACGGCCCGAUAAGGAGCAUUCGGCGGACGCAACAAGCACCAUAUCCCUUGGUGAAAAUCACACCUCAGCAAGCACAACAAUUAAAUGCACCUAAAAUUCCGCCGAAAACGAUAAAUUCAAAACAAAAGUCUCAUCUUACUACUAGUCAGCUGGUGGCAGGGCCAUCGUCGUCUACUUCAUCUAGUUUGUGUUCAGGCAGUCAAAAAAGAUCAACGAAACCUACAAAGACAAAACAUCCUGAAUCUCAUCCACCGACUUCAACUGCCAAUUUGGCCAGGCAGAUAUUGAACAAUUUGAAUAUAUUCAGUACAAAAACUGCAGGAGCAGCAUCUCAUCACAGUCAUAACCAUCAUUCUCCACAGCAGCCAUCAUCACCACAUAUGAACAUGUUUUCUAACCGUAGUUCAGACGGAGGGCAAUAUCACCAUCGUUUAGGUUCGUCUCAUCGGUCGAGAUCUCGAACACGAGCGUCAGAUACAGAUACAAGUAGUUUGAAGUCGAUACGAAGACCAAGUGUUGACACUGUUUCUACGUACCUUAGUCAUGAAAGUAAAGAGAGUUUGCGUAGUAGAAAUUUUACAGCCUCGGUGAAUGAUUUGUUGGAUUGUUCGGUUGGGAGCGAUGACGUUUUUACACAGCCACAUUCAACACCGCCACCCCUUCCUCCUCUACCGCAGCAGUCGCACCAUAUGCACACAAUAGCGGGUCCUAUUGUGGGCGUUGAUCCUGCUAGUGAUAUGAUAAGCCGAUUCGUAAAGGUUGCUGAUCCGCCAAAAUGGCCUAAUGCUCAACCGUGUCCUAUGUGCAUGGAGGAGUUAGUGCACACAACACAAAAUCCUGCAGUUUCCCUUUCGAGAUGUCAACAUUUAAUGCAUUUGCAGUGCUUAAAUCAAAUGAUUAUCGAUCAACAGAAAGGUACACAAAAGUUAUUGCAGAGUUUGUAUAUUGAAUGUCCUGUUUGCGGAAUAGUGUACGGCGAGAAAGUAGGAAAUCAACCGUCGGGGACAAUGUCGUGGAUUAUAAUUCCGAAGAGUUUGCCGGGCCAUGAAGGUCAAAACACAAUACAGAUCGUUUAUAACAUUGCUUCUGGAAUACAAACUGAAGAACAUCCACACCCAGGCCGAGCUUUCUUUGCAGUGGGAUUUCCACGAACUUGCUAUUUACCUGAUUGCCCUUUGGGACGGAAAGUUUUGCGUUUUUUAAAAAUUGCAUUCGAUCGCCGAUUACUUUUCACAAUUGGGCGUUCAGCUACAACAGGACGGGAAGAUGUGGUUAUUUGGAAUAGUGUUGACCAUAAAACACAGUUUAAUAUGUUUCCUGAUCCUACAUAUCUUCAACGCUGUAUGCAGCAGCUUGUACAUUUGGGAGUAACGGACUGAAUUGCGGUUAGCAUCAAUUGCCUCGGUCGCGUUUCGCUUGUGCGAAUUCGUUCGCAGAUGAAACUGCCAAGACGAACUUCCUACCUCAAUUUUAUAAAAUUGACAAUACAUAGUUAAUAGAUUUUACCAAAAACUUUUAUAACCCCCCGAUAACAAUCAAUCAGUUUUUGUUUUUUUUUAUUGUCUACAAAACUUGGUACGCACGGCAGCACAAACACAGACACACACACACAAUCACUUUUAUCUUUAUUAUUAUUAUAACUCCACGUAGCUUAACACGCAAAUUCCAAUUUAUACCAACAGUAGCACACAAUCAGUUUUCUCGUUCGUUCAUCCGUAUUGACUUUCGCGAAUUCGUUAGAAAUUAACGUAACUCAACUAUUUAUAUUAAUUAAUUAAUUAAGCGAUUUCCAUCACCCCAAGCAAUACGGACAUGGCACUCAAACGAUCACCCCUUAUCAGCAACCUCAACAAAAUCAGCCAAGUACAUUUAAAUCUACAAAAACCAUCAUUUUCAAACUUACUACAUAUUCACCUGCGGUCUAAUAUUCACACGCUCCCAAAUAUGUCAACCUGAUAAGCAAUUCCUCAUCACCCAAGCAAUACGCACAUGGCAUCCAACAACAAACACGAACACACCUGAGCCCCGGCCCGGCCCGGCCCAAGCCUCAGCGAAACCCUCCGGACCACACAAAGCCCCCUACGCACCCAUAACAAUCGCCCCACGCGCCACCUCACCUUAUCAGCCCCAUCUAUCUACAACACGCGCCAAACCGGCCGCGCUAAACCACAACAUUUUUAUAUGAAACUGGAUUCCAACAUACAUGCCAUCCAAAAACCGCAAGAUUUUUAUAUGAAACUGGAUUCGAACAUACAUAUUUAUACUACUGUCCCUCGAUAAUCCAAUAUUUCAUUCGAAUCGUCGAAUAUAGUAGCAGGGACGGACCGUGCACCCAGAGGUGAUGAUAAUGUUUAAUAACUAGGUUUGCCAUAUGUCCUCUGGGUAAUAACAGUGGAUGUCUGCUGCUCUUUGCAUCCACCUGGAAGAUCUGGUCGGAAUCGAGGAAUGGUGUUAAUUUAAUCAGCGAGCUAGUUCUUGCCAAGGAUUUGUUGGUUUUGAGCAGUUCGAUUUCAUCUGUAAACUCCUCUUGCUGGAUCAUCCUGGUAAGAGUGAUUUCCGCUUGUUGGGGAUGCAACAUCUGCUGGAUUUGCUCGGCUGCUUAUAUGUCGCCAUUGUUUGAUAUCAGACGUAGAGUGGAUGUGACUCCUCCUAUUAGCGACAAACACUUUCCACCUUGCCGCUGGACUUUGAAGCAAUUGUAGGACGAUCAUUGAGUCCGUCCAGUACUAGGCGCUUAUAUUAGUUCAACCGUGGGUUUUUAAUAUGGUUGCAAUCAAGUCACAGAACUGUACUCCUCUGUACAGUUAAAAGUGCGGGAUUGUUUGUACAUUCAGCGGGGCAACCUUGGAUUUUGAUGAUACGAGUUUAACUGUGGUGGAGCCAUCACCUUCUUCACUAUGCACGUAAAUGACUGCUGACUUCCGACGUAACAUAAAAUCCAUGAACUUGUAUGCGGGUGAACUGUCGCAGUGUAACCACCUUGGAAUUGAAAUCUCCUGCAGAAUUGGUAGCUGUGACCGGAAUGUGAGUCACUUCGUAUUGAGUUCCUUUUCUACUGGUUCAUCCCAAUUCGUUUGUUGUAGCCACAAUUGCUGGAUCCAUAUUUUUCUUACGACGAUACAUGUUUGCAACCAUCCCCCCCCCCCCAUCGGCUCAAAUAACUUUGCGAUCUCAGAAAUAAACUAACGUUUCGUUAGCGCAUUAUUGGUAAUUUUUUCCAGCUUGACUUUAAACAAAAAAGAAUCUCUUGCUGGACGCCACCGUCUCCAUAAAAUCUUAACGUGCUCGUUCUCAUCGAUGUUUAGUAGUACAUUUGUUUCCCGGUGAGAAGAAGGAAUAGAUUCCAGCAAAUCGUUUUGAUUUGCUACCCAUUUUUGCAAAUUAAAACCUCCUUUUAGUAACACUUUUAUGCGGUCCAGCUGAAGUGCCUGCGAUUCCUUGAGGGUAUCUCUGCCGGUCAAGACAUCAUCCACGUCGAAAUUUUCUUUUAGCACUCGACAAGCUUGAGGAUGGUGCAGUUUUUCGUCGUCUGUCAGUCGAUGAAAAGCCCGGAUUGCCAAGCAAGGAGCGCUAGCAGUACCAUACGUCACUGUAGUUAAUUUGAAGUGUUUAAGGAGCUCAGAUAGAUGUUCUCUCCACCAAAUUCGCUGGAAAUUUUGAUUCUGGGAGUGUACCAUUAUUUAGCGGUAUAUCUUCUCUAUAUCAGCUGCCAUCACGUACCGAUAUGUCCUCCACUUGAUCAGUAUCCGCACGAUACUGUUCUGGACCAAUGAGCCCCACGUACUCGAGGAGGGCGAUCAGACCCGAGUCUGCAAGGGACUCAUCUGAAGUGGCUUUGCCACGAAGCCUCACCGGAGGUUAUCUGGUAUCAU